CAUGUAAUAAAAGGGAUUACGAUAAAAAGGAAUAUAAAAGCAAACGAUUUAUAAAAAAAAGAUUAACAGUAGCAGGUUCACAAAAUGCGCGUGCUCAUUGUAUUGGCUCUUUUCGGUGCCGCUUUGGCGGUGCCAAAGCAUGUCAACCGCAUCGUGGGUGGCUCGACCACCAGUAUCGAGGAGUACCCGUUCAUGGCCAAUAUGAUGUUCGGCUAUAUGGGACUUCACCAUAGUCAAGCUUGCGGUGGCUCACUUAUUACAAGGACAGCAAUACUUUCAGCUGCUCACUGCUACUUCGGCGAUACUCCUAUUCAAUGGCUCGUGCGUUUGGGGUCAACAAACUCCUUUUUUGGCGGCACCGUGCAUGAGGUCUCUCGUAUAAUCUUGCAUGAUAACUACGUUCACCGAUUUUUGACCAACGAUGUUGCGGUCGUCAGACUCAGAGUUGCGGCCGAGAUAUCCUCAACAAUUGAUCUUGCUCGCAUCGCUGGAUUAAACUACAAUCUCCCCGAUGAUACGCGCGUCUACGCCACAGGAUGGGGCAGAGUUAUGGUUGGGGGCCCAAGUUCUCAGCAAUUGCAGCAUGUUGACUUUAAUGUCAUUAACCACGAUUUGUGUACACGACGCUACGCCUUUCUCAAGACCCAGCCAGAUUUCCAAAACUGGCCCGAUGUAACUCCUGAAAUGUUGUGCGCUGGUAUUCUGGAUGUAGGAGGCAAGGACACUUGCCAAGGUGACUCUGGUGGUCCAGUUAUCCACAACAAAGAUAUAAUUGUAGGCGUCACCUCCUGGGGAUACCGCUGUGCUGAUCCAUUCUACCCUGGAGUAAGCGCUCGCGUGUCAUCCUACUCAACGUGGAUCUAUAAUAAUUCACUCUAA